GUGUGAACCUGCCAUUUGUCAACUAACUUCAUCAAACUUUUCUUCCACUUUCCAUAUUUCUCGUACCUUUCUUUCCGAUCGAUAAAUUCCCCAAACCCCAUUUACUUUCUUUCUUUCUAUGCAUUUACCACCACAAAACGAAAUCACAAUUCAACAAAACCGAUCAGUUUCUCCAUAACAAAAAGCCGAGUUUUCGUUUUCGUCUGAAGACAACAAAAGAGAAACAAAGUCACCCAAACAUCAGUCCUUCAAUUCAUUAAAAGGACAUUCUCAUUGCACAAACAUGUCAGGUGGUGUUGUUAGUUCAACUGCCUCUGACAUCAACCUCCCAAAAGAAAAGGAAAUUGAUUACAAAGAAGAAGAAGACCUAGCACCCAAAACUUUUAACAAAUCCACUCCACAAAACAAAGUGGGUUUUCUGUCAUUCACUCAGCUCAAUUCCCUUGCCGUGGUUAUUAUCUUGUCUGCCAGUGGCAAUGUGAGCCCUGAAGACUUUGCCUUUGUGUUCUUCUCCCUAUUUUACAUGUACUUCAUAGCCAUGGUGGCUUUUCCCUCUCUUAACCCUUCAAAAGAUCCUCAAGUUUUCAACUCCCAAAGCAAGCUCCUUCAACUUUAUGCCCUCACAGGUGCCACCAUUGGCCUUUUCACUCCAAUAGCCUAUAUAUUAGAGGGUGUUUUUGAGGGUGACAAAGAAGCGAUCAAAGCAGCAACACCCCAUGUUUUUCUCUUGGCCAGCCAAGUUUUCAUGGAAGAAGUGGCAUCUUCACAAAAAUUCUCUGCUCCAAUUAGAGCCCUUGUUCCUGCCUUCUACAAUUCAAGGAGGAUUUUCACCAUUGUGGAUUGGGUUAGGAGUGAGGUGUAUAAGAUGAAUCAGGAGCACAGUGGAUCUGCUUGGAGGGUUACUGUUGGGAGAGCACUUGCAAUGACUAACAUGGCUUUCUGGUCUUUCAAUCUCUUUGGGUUCAUAUUUCCAUUCUAUCUUCCAAAAGUUUUGAAGGCUUAUUACUCAGAGAACAAUGAGAAAGAUCAAUGA